AUGCAUAGUAUUUUUAAAAGAUACUCCAAAAUUUUAAGCCUGACUAUUAUAUGACUGGCCUUUCUUUGAGUAUUUAAUUGGAUAACAGGAGUCCUUCUUAGAAAAUCAUUAAGUGUGGAAUUUGAACUUGAGCAGGUAUAUCUAUUUGGAAAACAUCGGUAUUUUGAUGAAGAAAUUGCUAAGUUUAGCUUCAAUUUGAAAACUGAUCUUUCUAAACAUUAUAAUUGGAACAUUGACAGAAUAAUUCCUUCUCUAAAUAUCAAAUUUAACAGUAAUGAUGGUCGAAAGAAUGAGAUUACUGUAUGGGAUGAUCUAAUCACAAGAAAGGACUUUUCACACCACAUAAUCAACCUUAAAUCCCAAAAAUCCAAAUACUUCUUAACAGAUGUCAACAAAGAACUCAGGAAUAAAACAGUAACUGUCCUAUUCAACCUCUCUUUCAUGCCAAUUAUCGGAUUUGUGCACAAACAAACUCUAGAAGUUGGUAGCUUCACUCUUCCUCUGAGCUACAUUCCUCAUCACAAGAUUAAGCAUUAA